AUGGUGUUUUGGGAAGGGUAUGUGAGUGAUGAGGCAAUGGGGACCUUUGCCCCAAUUUUGGUUUACUGGUUGUAUGCGGGGUUAUACCAGUUGUUGCCGCCUUUGGACAAUUAUCGCUUGCAUACACGAAGAGAAGAAGAUGAUAAGAACUCGGUUCCGCUCCCCUCCGUUGUUAAAGGUGUUUUGCUUCAACAGCUUGUCCAGGCCACCGUUGCUCAGGGCCUCUUCAUGUUGACCUCAAAGGCAAAUAUCUCGGGGAUCACAGUUCAGCCCUCGAUACCCAUCCAGAUUGUGCAGAUUGUUAUCGCAAUGCUAGUCAUGGACACGUGGCAGUACUUUGUGCACCGCUACAUGCAUCAGAACAAGUUUUUGUACCGCCAUGUUCAUUCUCAGCACCACAGACUUGUUGUUCCAUAUGCCAUUGGAGCCCUUUAUAAUCACCCGCUUGAGGGUCUCUUGCUCGACACUUUCGGUGGGGCCAUCUCUUUUCUAGUCUCAGGGAUGACGGCACGGACGGCAGUUAUAUUCUUCUGUUUUGCAGUGAUUAAAACUGUUGAUGAUCACUGUGGACUUUGGUUGCCUGGUAAUAUCUUCCAUAUUUUAUUCCAGAACAAUACUGCUUAUCAUGACAUACAUCAUCAACUUCAAGGCUUGAAAUACAACUAUUCUCAGCCAUUCUUCCCUCUAUGGGAUAAACUUUUUGGGACCUACAUGCCUUAUAAUCUUGUGAAGAGACCUGAAGGGGGUUUUGAAGCAAGGGCAGUGAAGGCAAUGAAAGACUAG